CAGCAGUUUCCCUUUACCGGCUCAUCAAUCUACGUAAGACCAGAUUGGUUAUUGUAAAAAUGGCGGCGGAAAUGCUAAACAAGAACCGCCUGAUGGUUUUCAAGAACAAAGGCAAAGACCAAGAUGAAAUGCGAAGAAGGAGAAACGAAGUAACUGUAGAGUUAAGAAAAAACAAACGAGAUGAAACUCUUCAAAAAAGACGAAAUGUACCGAUCACAGAUUCUACGGACGAAGAUGAAAUUGAGAAGCAGCUCUCAAAGAUGAAUCUGGAGGAAUUAGUAAUGAAGGCUGGAAGUUCAGACCCUGUGGAACAGUUACAAGCCGUACAAGCUGCACGAAAGUUACUCUCCUCGGACCGUAAUCCACCGAUCGAUCCAUUAAUAGAAAGUGGUAUUUUACCAAUAUUAGUUCACUGUUUGGAACAGCAUGACAGCCCAUCUUUGCAGUUCGAAGCAGCCUGGGCUCUGACGAACAUUGCAAGUGGAACAUCGGCUCAAACACAGGCAGUUGUUGCGGCAGGUGCGGUCCCUCUCUUUUUACAGCUUUUGCUUUCAAGCCAACAGAAUGUUUGUGAGCAGGCUGUUUGGGCUUUAGGAAAUAUUAUUGGCGAUGGCCCAGGACCAAGAGAUUACGUUAUCAGUCUUGGUGUGGUUCAACCAUUAUUAACGUUUAUUAAACCAGACAUACCUCUUAGUUUCUUUCGCAAUGUGACAUGGGUCAUUGUUAAUUUAUGUAGGAAUAAGGAUCCACCACCUCCGGUUCAAACCAUCAAGGAUAUUUUACCGGCACUCAAUAUGCUGAUCCAUCACACAGACAUUAAUAUUCUUGUUGACACGGUGUGGGCACUGAGUUACUUGACCGAUGGUGGUAACGAUCAAAUUCAAAUGGUAAUUGACAGCGGCGUCGUUCCUCGACUAAUUCCGCUUCUCUCACACAAGGAAGUCAAGGUACAAACCGCGGCCCUCAGAGCAGUCGGCAACAUCGUAACCGGAACAGAUGAGCAAACUCAAAUUGUCCUCAAUUGCGACGCCUUAUCACACUUCCCAAAUUUACUCACGCACCCGAAAGAAAAAAUUUGUAAAGAGGCCGUCUGGUUUUUGUCCAACAUCACAGCCGGAAACCAAACGCAGGUUCAAGCAGUCAUCGAUGCCGGAUUAUUGCCGCUCAUCAUUCGUAAUUUGUCCAAGGGAGAAUUCCAAACACAAAAGGAAGCUGCGUGGGCCAUUAGUAAUUUGACGAUAAGUGGAACCAGGGAACAGGUGGCGCGACUUAUACAGGAAGGAGUGAUUUCGCCCUUCUGCGACCUUCUCUCGUGUAAAGAUACUCAAGUUGUGCAAGUUGUCCUCGAUGGAAUACACAAUAUGCUGAAGCUGGCGGGUGCCCAGGUAGAAACGCUGGCGAACAUGAUCGAAGAAUGUUCCGGGCUGGACAAAAUCGAGUCUCUGCAGAACCACGAGAACGUAGACAUUUACAAAUUGGCAUACGAUAUUAUCGAACAAUACUUCUCCGAGGAUGCUGACGACGUAAACCUGGCGCCACAAGUAGGAGACUCGACAUACGAAUUUGAUCCAGCGACAACGAUUCCGAGUGAAGGAUUCAAAUUCUGAGAGGCUCCUUGUUCCCUAUCCGAUUGUGCCGUCCCUUGACAAACUCCAAAUACGGAGCCAUUCUGCUUCCGCACCCCACCCCACCCCACCCCUCCUAUCCUUUUCCUACGAUUCCCAUUUGCUCCGAUCAAAGCGCGGCACUGUCGCUACGCAGCAGCAAUUGAACCAAGAACUUCUUCGAUUUCAAAGGGCCAAAAAGAGGAGCCAGUGUUGUUGAAGUAGUAAGUGGUUUGGAAGAUUCAGAACGUACUAUCUUCGAUGAUGGCCGUGACGCGAAUAAAAAAUAAAGAAAGAGAGAGAGAGAGUUAGAGAGAGAGAGAGAUAAUGAGGAAACGGUCGAAAGGAGCGACUAAUGUAAGAAAAACUGAAUUGACUGUGUUCUUUUGUUUUUUCUUCCAAUUAAUUUUACGACAUAUAUCAAUUUUUAUUGUGUAUACGAUACCAGAGAAACAAGUCUUGACAAGAUGCUGCUGUGAAUGACGUGUAAUUAAAUUAUUUGGAAGGCAUUUAUUGUCGUGUACUUUUUACAUACUCGAAUUGAACGGUAAUGCGUGCGAAACGCAAAUACGCAAAGGCAAACGCAAUUAAAGUGAAGAAAUAAGUUCAAGGCAGCACUGUUGUUUGACUUGGAGUCGAGGGAUUUCCGCGUAGCGCUGACCUGAAGAUUCUGAGGUAUCUGAAGAGUCGGAAGAGCUCUUUGUGUCAACGCUGCGCGGCUGCGUUACCGUGUGACAGAGUGCAGUUUUGCUCGUUUAGCAAUAAUUGGCUUAUGCUGUGUGCACGGUAAACACAAUUGUAGUCGAUAUCGAGAAUGCCUUUAGUGACACUUUUUUUUUAUUAAAACGUAACAGACGAAAUCGAAGAAUCUUUUGUGCUUGCGCAAGCUGCUCUCUACUCUUGUUCGGGCCGGGUCUUGGUUCAGAAUGUUACAUUUAUAAACAAUUCGUGUAUAUUUUAGGCAUGUUAAAUUUAUAAUAUUGAUUACUAAAUAAAUCGAUUGACUACUAUUUAGUAGUGUAAUUAAUAUAACGGUCGUUCUGUAAGAAAGAGCAGCAACAAUAAAAUGUAGCUUACAUUUGACA